CCCUGUCUCAAGAAAAAAGAAAAAAAAAUAGUUCUGGCACGACUGUGUCUAUUUUCAAUUAUAUUUCUUUUCCUAAUGUUUUGUGUAGCCUGUAUUGUAAAAUGAGGUUGAGGUGAUUGGACACACUGUUAAUAGAGUGAGGAAGUGGGUAGAGUUAAAAUUUCUUGCUGAAAGUGGGUAAUCUGCAGUUCCUUGCAUUGGGUUCACUCCUCCCUGCCAGCUCUUGCUGCAUUUGGAGGCUGCCCUAAGCAUGAUGUAAUGACAGGUUAAACCUCUGCACGCACUAGCUGAUGCAAUGCAAAUCUGAGGCCCAGGACUUUAUUGGGGCAAGGGUGAUGCUUGUUUAAAAACAAAACAAGCUACUCUGUGUUUAAUGAGGCCAUUUAAGAUGGCUUUCCCAGAGUGGGAAGAGUAUAAUCUCUUAGGAGGUUUAAGUAGGAGUUUAAUGUGGCAGAAGUGUGCUUACAACUUUUCCUGCGAAGUCUUUUCACAGCGGGGAAGGAGAGUUUAAAAUAUAGUGCCCAUAGGAGUAGAAAUGAAGUGAGCUAGAAUUGAGUAAAUAUGGUAGUUGAUGCCCGGUAAAUAGCUGUUGAAUGAAUUAGGGAGAAUGUUUUCACUCUAAAAAUUUAGAGUUUGCACGAUGAACCAACAGGGAAUGUAGCGCCGGUGUGGGCACGCAUUUCCCAGAUACGCUGUAGCUCUUAGAUCGAAACCGUGAGAAACUGCCGAUAUUCGACUGUUGUGACCUACCGAAAACAGCAUGGUUCUACCUAAUUUUAAACUGGUGGAAAUGCUGAGGAAGGCUCGAUGUCGCUGGGGUGGGAUGGGGUCAACAGCGGGGUGGCGGGGCCCCGCCCUGGGCUGCGGGGCGGGGCUUGCGGGCACAGCCCCACCCCUGCGCGAGCAAGACGGGCACCGCCCUGCGCGCUGCGCGCCCUGAGCUGGCCCUGGCGCCCCGGGUUGGAGUGGGCGUUCCCAACGCAGGCCCAGCCCCGGCCGAGGCUCCAAGUGGCUCUCCAGCAGGCAGGCUUCUGCAGUAGCCCUUGAGCUGGCUCAGGGAGCGCACUUCCUUCGCAGCGAGCGCAUCGCCCCCUGCAUCCCCGGCCUCCACCGGAGCUGGGCAGUAGCCUACGGAGUGAAUCUGGAGAAGACAAACUUGGGAGACAGACGAAAGCUUAGGGCACACUGGAGGACAGCGCAGCUGUGGCUCCCAUUUUUGGAGAUGCAGCCGAAUUUGAGCUCACAGGGAGGUGUGGUUGCCUCCUGGGGAUGGGAAGGCUUCCUUUCUCCACCUCUGUAACUCGUGCUUCUGAGAAGUAAAUGGAUAUUUGGAUCCUGACCUCAGACGCGAAUUUGGGUCUUCUGUGCUUAGGAGCAGAAAGUGCCCAGGAGGGGCCUGUUCCUUUACUUCUUGGGGGAAACGCAAUGCGCGGCCUGACUUCUCAUGACGGGAAAGGCUACUCCACCUUCUCUGUACUCCUGGAGGGGAGUCUUGUUCACAUGUUUACCAGCGGCCAGGACAAGGAAGAGAAAAGAAAUGAGCCGUCAGACUGCUACAGCAUUACCUACCGGUACCUCGAAGUGUCCACCAUCCCAGAGGGUGCCUGCUCUGACUGGCACAACUGCAUCCAACAAUGACUUGGCGAGUCUUUUUGAGUGUCCGGUCUGCUUUGACUAUGUGUUACCACCCAUUCUUCAAUGUCAGAGUGGCCAUCUUGUUUGUAGCAACUGUCGCCCAAAGCUCACAUGUUGUCCAACUUGCCGGGGCCCUUUGGGAUCCAUUCGCAACUUGGCUAUGGAGAAAGUGGCUAAUUCAGUACUUUUCCCCUGUAAAUAUGCCUCUUCUGGAUGUGAAAUAACUCUGCCACACACAGAAAAAGCAGACCACGAAGAGCUCUGUGAGUUUAGGCCUUAUUCCUGUCCGUGCCCUGGUGCUUCCUGUAAAUGGCAAGGCUCUCUGGAUGCUGUAAUGCCCCAUCUGAUGCAUCAGCAUAAGUCCAUUACAACCCUACAGGGAGAGGAUAUAGUUUUCCUUGCUACAGACAUUAAUCUUCCUGGUGCUGUUGACUGGGUGAUGAUGCAGUCCUGUUUUGGCUUUCACUUCAUGUUAGUCUUGGAGAAACAGGAAAAAUACGAUGGUCACCAGCAGUUCUUUGCAAUCGUACAGCUGAUAGGAACACGCAAGCAAGCUGAAAAUUUUGCUUACCGACUUGAGCUAAAUGGUCACAGGCGACGAUUGACUUGGGAAGCGACUCCUCGAUCUAUUCAUGAAGGAAUUGCAACAGCCAUUAUGAAUAGCGACUGCCUAGUCUUUGACACCAGCAUUGCACAGCUUUUUGCAGAAAAUGGCAAUUUAGGCAUCAAUGUAACUAUUUCCAUGUGUUGAAAUGGCAAUCAAACAUUUUCUGGCCAGUGUUUAAAACUUCAGUUUCACAGAAAAUAAGGCACCCAUCUGCCUGCCAACCUAAAAUUCUUUUGGUAGGUGGAAGCUAGACACAUGAAGGUAAAUGAAAGGAAAGGCUGUUAAAUACAGGAAACAGUUGCAUGUAGUAACACUAAUAUAUUUAAAAAUAAGUCAACAGUAAACCACUGAAAAAAUAUAUGUAUAUACACCCAAGAUGGGCAUCUUUUGUAUUAAGAAAGGAAGCAUUGUAAAAUAAUUCUGAGUUUUGUGUUUGUUGUAGAUUGAUUGUAUUGUUGAAAAAUAGUUUUUUUUUGUUUUGUUUUUUUGCGUGGGAGUGUGUGCGUGCGUGGGUGUGUGCGUGUUUGGGUUUUUUCCCUUUAACUGACAAGCCAUCUUGAGUGGUCAUGGGCCACUGCUUUUCCCCUUUGUGAGUCAAUACAUAGUGCUGCUGUGUGCUUUUUUGUGUGUGUAUUUGCUAAUUUUUAUUAAUUUUAGUUUUUCAUUAAAUAAAUUUGACUUUCUUUUCUGUAAUUCAGGUUUUUCUUCACUUUUUUUUGUACCAUUUUAAAGUUAGUGUCUUUUGAUAUGCAUACUUGUUUAUGGUAAAAGUUUAUAACAUGUGUUCAAUAUUUUCUUUUCCCCCAUUAAUCAGUUCAUUAGAAAUAUUUUAAAAUCAGCUACUUUGUGAAGCUAUGAGUUCCAGAAAGUAAAGGUGACAUCGGAAAAAUGAUCAAAAGCUAUUUAAAGCAUCUGUAAGAUGGUCUCUCUCUUUCUCUCUUCUAUGGAUGAGUCACACCUUUGAGCUUAAUCUUUGAAAGGUUAGAGAAUAAAUUGAUUUUUAUAAGUACUGCAAAUCAGGCUUUUGUUUCCUUUUUCAAAUAUCUUGGAUAAAUCACAUGUUUAAAAUUUGUUCUUGUAUUUAUUGGUUUUGCAAAAGAAGGCAUCGUCAUGCACAGUAUUUGUAAUUAAAAGCAAAUCAUUUGUUUAAAAAGGCAGUUUGCAAAAAAAUGUUUUUGGUCUUUUAUAAUUCUCAUUAAAAGAAUUUCUGGCAAAUUAAAAAAA